UAGACGGCAGAGAUUUUAACGGAAUACAAGCCCACGUAAAUACAAGAUAUAUUGAGUAUAAUGUAUAAUGCAUGUGACUUCAGACAACAUCCCAUUAGCUGUGAUAAAUAAGUAAAGAGCAGAGAUGCAACGAAGAAGCAGCUGAAGAGGUAAUGCAUUCCAUUGUUGAAUCCUUCUGGGACCUCCACUCGCUCUACUAAAUUACCAGCAGUGAACUAUGGAACCUUAAAGGCUCUGGGCUUUACAAUAAUUGGUUUACACCCACUGUAUCUCAUGUCAUGGUAAUUGCAGAACUGUAAUAUCCCAAUAUGUUCUGCCUGUGUAGUCUCUCUGAUAAUUAAAUAUUAAACUACCUGCUGAUUGAUGAUUUCUGCAAAGCUGAUGGUGCUGAAAUGUAAUUAAGGCUCGCUGUUCUUAAACGAGAGCUGGUAAUAUUAGCACAUGUGUCCUAACAGUGUGUGUGUCCGCAGUCUGCGCGUGCACGCUGAGCCUCAUGGUGCGGCACAACCCGCGCGCUCUGGUCACCUGCUCCAGUGAGCUCAGACUAUUUUCCAUCUGGCGGUGAAAGGGUUAAGUCUGACUCUGCAUGCACGGAGCGGGCCUCCCUUUCUCCCUUCCUCCCUUUCUCUCUCUCUCUCUCCCUCCCUCUCCAUCCAUUUUCACCGUGUGUGUGUUUUAAGGGGGGCUGUGUCAUUUGCAAGCCAGGAUUGUGAUGUGCACACAACUUUAGUUUGAUAACUAAACGGUGCUUGUGGAUACGGGCUGAGCACACACGGCUUUCCUCUGCGCUUUGAAUACCUUUUUUGGUGGUAUUUGUAUUUGUUGUAGUCGAGUUGCUCUCUCCACGGGAUAUGCCGAUAGGCGGAGGCGUUUCUUCCUCCACCCAAAGCCUCUCCGAGUUGGGACCCCGCUGACGCGCCGUGACAUGACGCUGAAACACACUCGUGGACAUUACUGAAGUUCCCAAUAGAAGGCCAACAUCGCGACAUUUCCCCACUGAACUGAUCUCCCAGCAGCCACCUGGCCUGAGGCACCACAGUGGCCGGCUUGCUGUUUGAUUAUCGCCCGGGAAAACACAACCGCCAUCAUGCAGCCCUCAUCGCUCCGCCGGCAGGUGAAAAACAUGGUCAACAACUUCACGGAGGCCGAGAUCAAAGUCCGUGAGGCCACCUCCAAUGACCCCUGGGGUCCUCCCUGCUCGCUCAUGGCUGAAAUCGCAGACCUGACUUUCAAUGCAGUGGCUUUCACCGAGGUUUUGGGUAUGAUCUGGAAGCGGCUCAACGACCACGGUAAGAACUGGCGCCAUGUUUAUAAGGCAAUGACCCUGCUGGACUACCUGAUCAAAACAGGCUCCGAGCGUGUGGCCCAGGAGUGCCGGGAGAACAUUUACACCAUCCAGACACUGAGAGACUUCCAGCACAUGGAUCGGGAUGGACUCGACCAAGGUGCCCAUAUCCGGGAGAAGGCCAAGCAUCUGGUGGCUCUGCUGAAGGACGAGGAGAAGCUGAAGAAGGAGAGAAGCCAGGCGAUGAAGACCAAGACGCGUAUGGCGGGCUCCACCAGUGGCUUGGGCUCUGGGUCACAUCCUCCUUCGUACCCGGGGCGUCGCACAAGCCAGGCGGCAGGGGUCCAUGGGGAUGAGCAUGCCUCCUCUUCCUCUCCUCGAUUUACUCCAGACAUUGAGCAAGCUCGACCGACAACCAGUGGAGAAGAGGAGCUGCAGCUGCAGCUGGCCCUGGCUAUGAGCCGAGAAGAGAGUGAAAAGCCACCUUCUACAGUGGAUAUUGCUGAACAGACCCAUCUCCAGAUGGCUAUGACGCUCAGCAAGAAGGAGACCCAGAAGCUCCUGGUUAAUCCCUCUUCACAGCCAGUCCAACCUGCACCUGCUGCAGUGGAUAUGGAUGAGGACACCCAGCUCAAGUUGGCCCUGAGCCUCAGCAAGGAGGAGCACCAGCAGGAGCAAAUCAGUCGCCAAGGGGACGAGUCAGUGCUCAAGAAAGCUCUGGAGGACAGCACACGUGAGAUGGAGACUAAAGGCGGGACCGCCUUCAUGGACCUGGUAGAUGUUUUCGCAUUGCCCUCAGAUCCGCCUCCUAGUGACCACCGAUGGAACAAUGCCCCACGCCAGGCAGCUGCUCAUCCGGGGAGCACAGACCCCUGGGACUCCCUGGUAAGCAGCAACAACACCUCGAGAGUAGAUCCUCCCUGGAUGGCACCGCCAACGUCCAACAGCCCCCCACCACCGUGGGAGCCCCCGGUCAACCCCUGGGACGACCAGCAGAGCAACUUCAACGCCACAGGCCGAGAAUGGGCCUUCUCUGCCAACACAGCUGCCUCAGGAGUUGAUCCAUUCCCCCUCAAAGGAACCAUCGGGGAACCGUGUCCGCGACCUGGAAGCCCCUCAGAUGGGGAUAUGUUUGAUGAGGCCAUGGAUGGAGGUCAUUUGAAUGUAAAUGGGCGAGGGGACAGCAGUCCUGAGAUAUUUGACCUGUCACGUUUCGGAGAAAGCCUGGCAGCCCCCAGCCCUCGUACAUGCCGGACACCCGAGGCCUUCCUGGGCCCCACAGCGGCAUCCUUAGUAGACCUGGACAGAUUGAUCCCAGCAAAUCCUCCAGCCAAGACCAUGAACCCCUUCCUAUCAGGCCUCAGUGCUCCGUCAGCCAGCAAUCCAUUCCAAGCUGAGCAGCCCAAACUAACUCUGAAUCAAAUGGGCUUCAGCUCCCUCUCUUCAGCUCCACAGGGCACUUCUCUUCCAUGCAGUGCCUCCUUGCCCCUGCCUAUGAGCCACCAGCCUGCCAGCCUCCCUGUGUCACUUACUCACCCCACCCACCCUGGCCUGCCAGGGACCCUCCCUGAGCCCUUGUUGCCCUUCUCUUCGGCCAGCACUGAUGGAUCACAUGCUGCACAGAACCCUUUCUUAUGAGGAUCAACUAAACUGGAGAAAAAAGGGGAAUGCCAUUAGGUUAUGCUCUCCAAAUAUAACUAACUGCAGAUUGAAUUUGAGCCCUAAGGACUUGUAUGACAACCCUAUUCUUAGUUUUUAUAUUGUAUUAUAAUACGGGAACCCUUAGAUUGAUGCAAGCUGGUUGUGCUCCUCACAGCAAUAAUCGGUCUUGCUCCUCUCGUCAAUGAUCCAGUAUCAGAGGAUACAAACAAGAACACCUUUGUAUCAGAAACCAUUAGUGUCGUGCACACAUUCUUUAUGGCCAUAACAUAUUGCAACCUGUUGAAAUUCCGAAGAAAAAAAACACAAAAGCAGUGUGAUAAUAUGUGGUUGUAGCUUCACUUAGCCACAAUUACCAGGCACAUGUAUUACAGCUUUCCAAGUAGUCUACACAUCUCUUGCUCACUCAGCUUUGUGUUUGAUUGGCUUAGCUGGCUAUAGCUGCUGUCAUAUACAAGUGUAUACAAUGCAUUUCUUCUUAAGAGACCCCGGCUAAAGACCUGUCCGAUUCCUGAAAUGUUGCCGCAUCAAUACGUUCCCUUUGUUGAGCCUUAGUUGGACCAUAACUGAUGAUAAACAUCGAUGUGUACUUGAUUUUACUAUUGUGAAAUUAAUUUCUGUGGUUAAUUGAAUGAAAUUUAGUUUGGAAGGACUGGAAGUACUUCAGAGUUCCCUAUAAGCAAGGCAACAUUAGAAAAUGUAUGAAUCAUGAGUUUUAUUGAUCGCGUGAUAACCACUGAUUUAUCAAAUAUAAGGGUAUAAAUGGAAGACUGCCUCAUUCUUCAGUUGGUUUUAUUGUUUUGUAUUUCCUCAAUACCUAUGUCAUUAACACAUUUCAUGUCAAAUCUCAGGCACACAUUCAGGACCAUUUACAAUGUUUGUUGUGCACUGUAUGCCCCCUGCUGGUUUAUUUGGUUUCAGAAUAAAAGCUAGUCCUUACUUAGAGGAGCAUGAGGAUCA